AUGAAUUUGCUGCAAGUCGAUAGCGAUAAUCAUAUUACAGCGAUAGGAAUACACGCAAAUGGGCCUGAAGGAAAACAGAUUCAUUUCACUUUUGCCUUCUUCUUUCUGCUUUCUCAACUUAACUCUUCCUCUCACUCUUUCUAUAUGUCAAACCCUCUUUCUUUCCCCAUUCUCUCUUUCACCAUUCUCUCCUUUUUAUAUCUCUUUCUUUUUUCUCUGUUUGUAUCUCUCUCUUUCAUUCUUUUUUCCCCUACUUUCUUUCUUUAUCUCUCUUUUGCUAUUUUCUCUUUCUCCAUUCUUUCUUUCUCCAAUCUCUCUUUCUCCAAUCUCUCUUUCUCCAAUCUCUCUUUCGCCAUUCUCGCGUUCCCCAUUCUCUAUUUCCAUGUUCCCUCUUUCUCUAUCACUAUUUUCCCAUUCACUCUUUUUCUAUCUCUCUUUUCCCAUUCUCUUUCUCCGCCUCUCUUUCUCCCUUCUCGCUUUCCCCAUUCUCUCUUUCUUUCUCUUUUUCCAUUAUUUCUUUCCUCAUCCUCUCUUUCUCUAUCUCUCUUGAAACUGCGAUGUCGGCGCAACACAAUCCACGUUAAUCUGUUUCUCUCGUUCAUCUUCCGCGCUGUUCUUGCAUUAACCAAAGACAACAUAUUGGUGGAUGGCUUGGGAUUCUCUGAUGAUUUGCAGCAUUCGUCUGACGGGACAAGAAAUUUUAUACCAAAUGUAACGCGCUGGGGCUGCAAACUCUUCUUUACUACAAUUAACUACACCAUUGGAGCCAAUUAUAUGUGGGUCUUCAUUGAGGGUCUUUAUCUACACACCCUUAUUUACGUUUCUGUUUUUGCGGACAACCCACGAACAAAGUGGUAUAUAAUCAGCGGGUGGGCCUUGCCGCUGUUGUUUGUGAUACCUUGGGCCAUUGGACGAUCCCUUCUUAGCGAUGAACAUUGCUGGAAUACGCAUGAGAAUCGUAAACUGUUCUGGAUCAUACGAGGACCGUGCGUUGGUUCUGUUUUGGUAAAGUAUUUUACUCUGAUAAAAAAUCUCUCUCUCUCUCUCUCUCCUUUUCUCUCUCUCCCUCUCUCUAUCUCUCUCUUGUUCUCUUUCUCUCUUCUCUCUCCCUCUCUCUGUCGUUCCCUCUCUACUUAUUUCAUGUAUCUUUCUCUUUUUCACUCUCUCUCUCUCCCUUUCUCUCUCUCUUGUUCUCUUUCUCUCUUCUCUCUCCCUCUCUCUGUCGUUCUCUCUCUACUUAUUUCAUGUAUAUUUCUCUUUUUCACUCUCUCUCUCUCGUUCUCUCUCUUCCUCUCUCGUUCUCGCUAUCUCUUAGCCUACCUCCCUUUCGUUUCCUUCUGCAUAACAAUCUACCUCAACAUUUAA